UAUGUUUCUAGAUAGAUGGUCGCCUGUGCUCUGCCAUUUUCUAGAGUUGACUCGUCUUCAGAUGAAUGUAGCUCCAUAUCUCUGAAAAUGGUCCGCUACUCACUCGACCCAGAGAACCCGACUAAAUCAUGCAAGUCGAGGGGCUCCAACCUUCGUGUUCACUUCAAGAACACCCGUGAGACCGCCCAGGCCAUCAAAGGCAUGCACAUCCGCAAGGCUAACAAGUACCUGAAGGAUGUUAUGGUGAAGCACCAGUGUGUUCCCUUCCGUCGUUACAAUGGUGGUGUUGGCCGCUGUGCUCAGGCCAAGCAGCAUGACUGGACUCAGGGACGUUGGCCUAAGAAAAGUGCAGAGUUCCUGCUCCACAUGCUGAAGAACGCAGAAAGCAAUGCUGAGCUCAAGGGUUUGGAUGUGGACUCCCUGGUGAUCGAGCACAUCCAGGUGAACAAGGCCCCAAAGAUGCGCAGGCGUACUUACCGUGCACACGGACGCAUCAACCCCUACAUGAGCUCCCCAUGCCACAUCGAAAUGAUCCUCACGGAGAAGGAGCAGAUCGUUCCUAAACCAGAGGAGGAGGUUUCUCAGAAGAAAAAGGUUUCUCAGAAGAAACUGAAGAAGCAGAAACUUAUGGCUCGGGAGUAAAUGUAAAUAAAGUCCAACAUUCGUACUACAAAA